UCCAGAUUUUUUUUUUCAUAGAGGUUAUUCCAGUUUAUUGCAAUGAAUUUUUCCUUCCCCAUUAAUAAAUCUCUAUGAUGUCAUUCCUUUCCAGUCAUAUUAGGCAUGUCAUUUCUUGGUUUAUUUAUGCAUUUCAGGUAGCAGCAUUGAUUCUAGAAAACACUUUCACAUCUAUUCUGGACAUGGCUGGAGUUAAGUUGCCUUUCCUGAAGUGGUUUAUUGGAGGCCCUGGGUCGAAAGGUCCUAAAAUUCUGAAUUUUCUCGUUCGCUCUCCGUGGAGUACCAUUGCCAUUGUUGGCCAGGUAGAGUUAAUUAGAAACCCUUGCUUUUGCUUUGUAGAACCAUUUUUAGCAGGAUAUUGUGAUGAAUAUGGCUGAAUGAAACUUCUCACCAACUGGUGGCAAUAGGAUCAAUAUAGUCCCCCGUUAUUGGUUUGCAUAGAAGCUUGCAAACCUUUGAGAAAUUUGCAAGUUAAUCAUGGAGGAAAAGGAUUUCUGAGAUUAAUAAGUAGCUGUCUGGAUAUUCAUUAUUCUGUUUAAUGUAUAUUACCCUAAUAAAGUUAAGGCAUAUUGUAUUGUAUGAUCAUGAUUCACUCUGCGCCUAUUCUUAUUUUUUAAUUUACCAAAUUCCAUUGGCAACCUAGCUUUAUCAGAUUUUCUUAGUACAUUUAUUAUUUCUUGACAAGCCACUGGAGCUUUUGUUUUACCUUCUUCUGUUCUUCCCCUCGUGUUACAUCAGUUAGAUAUUCUCGUCCUAACUUUAGAAUUUGAUGUCUCAUUCCUGAUUACUCCUUGUGGUUUUAUUAACUGCAGAUUGAGCAGCCAAUUCUUUUUCUGUCUGGAUUACAA